CCUCCAGGGCAGAUGGGACACCCAGGUCUGGAUGGGCCGAGGGGACCAAAAGGCAGCGCAGGUGAACCUGGUGCUGAGGGACUGCAAGGCCAGAGGGGCCGGGAGGGACCGAUGGGUCCCAGAGGAGAAGCUGGAGCUCCAGGAUUUGGAGAAAAGGGAGAUAAAGGAUCUCAAGGAGAACCAGGACGUCCCGGUCCUGCUGGCGCUCCUGGACCUGUGGGGCCUAAAGGUGCCAUAGGAGAGCAGGGCACCUCUGGAAGUCCUGGUGCUCCUGGUCCAAAAGGUUUCCAGGGUGAAGCUGGAGCUCCAGGAGCAAAAGGUGACCGAGGAACUGCAGGGCUGCCAGGAAGCAAAGGAGACCUUGGAGAAAGAGGACCACGUGGAUCUGCAGGUGAGGCAGGUUCAGUGGGACUUCCUGGUGUGAGAGGACCACCUGGGCUUCCUGGAGAUGCUGGUCCUCCAGGUAUUGCAGGAAAUCCAGGACCCCCAGGUGGUAAAGGUGAACCUGGAUCUCCUGGUAAAGUCAUCAGUGCAGUUGGUUCUGAUACUUUGGCCAUCCCUGGACCUCCAGGACCAGCCGGGCCUCCAGGUCCAGCUGGUCCUCCUGGUCUGUCUGGUCCCAUUGGUCCUGCUGGUGUCCCAGGACAACCAGGUGAAGCUCAACAGGGUCCUCCAGGACGCCGAGGUCCAGCUGGAGAGCCAGGUGUUGGUAAACCUGGACCUCCAGGAGAGAAAGGAGAACCUGGCAGCUUUGUGCCGACAUCAGAAACCUUCUUUGCUGGACCACCAGGACCACCAGGACCUCCAGGCACACAGGGUUCACCAGGUGAUCGGGGACCACAAGGAUACGUAGGUGAACCAGGAAAACCAGGUCUUCCAGGAAGUCCAGGGGAUGAAGGUGUUGGUUUCCCGGGUCGGCCUGGACCCAGAGGACCUCCAGGUCCAGAGGGUCCACCAGGGCCUGUGGGACCACAAGGAGCUCGAGGUGAAGCAGGAGGUCCUGGUUCUCCAGGAGUCCCAGGAGCCUCUGCUGACAGUUCUUAUGGUCCUGCCUCCCUGGGCCCGCCUGGACCACCUGGUCCCCCUGGUCCCCCUGGAAGAGAUGGAAGCGGCUCCGGAUCCACAGUUGUGGGCCGGUACAUCGCAGAGUAUCUUCAGAGUGAUGGAAUCAGACAGUACCUGGCUGGACCUCCUGGACCUCCGGGUCCUCCAGGGGUCCCUGGUACACCUGGGGCUGCAGGGGAUGGUCUGGUGAAUGAUGUGGCUAACCGAGUCCUCGCUUACCUUCAAAGUUCAAGCCAAGGAUAUGAUGGGAGUCCUGGGCCUCCUGGUCCUCCAGGUCCGCCUGGUUCCAUCUCUGUCAAGGAUAUUGUCGACCUGUUACAGCGAGAAGAUAUCAGGAGAUACAUUGGUGGUCCACCUGGACCACCAGGACCUCGUGGAGCUCCAGGCGGCCAUGGAGGCUACGCCUUUAGCACCCAGGAAGUUGCUGAGCGUGUUUUCUCUCUAAUGAAUGAGAGGGGAGCAGCAGGUAUACCUGGACCUCCUGGACCUCCUGGACCUCCUGGACCUGCUGGACCUCCUGGUGCUCCUGGAUGUGCCGUAUCAGGACCAAUGGAACCAGACAGACCAGGAAGACCAGCUGGGCCUCCAGGUCCAGGAUGUCCAGGGAUGGCCAAACUAUCAGAACCAACUCGAACCAAAAGAAGAGACAGAAAUCAACUGUGGUUUAAAAAGAUAACAAAACUGUGAUCUUCUAUGUAUAAUAGGCACAGGUGUUGCUCUUACCUGCACUGAUGACUUUACCAGGAGAUCCAGGUUCACCUGAAAGACAAUUGUAUGUUGGAUUUCACAAUGAAAAACAUAUGGAUAUGAACUGUUAUACUGGGCUCUGAAGAACAUCAUUAUUAUGCUGUAUAUUUGACAGAUUUUCUAUUUUCUGACAGUCCUUGAACUACUCAUCAGUGAUAUUCUGUUCCAUCAUGAAAUGUACCUAGCUCUAAGUUUACAAUCAUAUCUCAUCAAAAUCACAUCUUUUCACAUGUAUCACUUAUUUUGUCAGAAAAUACCAUAUAUAUGAGGGGUCGUACAAGACUUAAUUCAUUCUCAUCCUCUCACACACAUUUCUCUCAUACUCACAUCCAUUCUCUUUUCACAAACAUAUAUUCUCCUCUCACACACAUAUAUUUUCACUCUCUUACACACAUACAUUCUCCUCUCACACACUCAUAUUUUCACUCUAACGCACACACACAAUCUCCUUUCACACACAUAUAUUUUCACUCUCUCACACACAUGAGUCAUUCCAUGUCAAUUCAACAAAUGCUUGUUGCACCACUUUCUCAGAUCCUCCCAAAAAAUUUUUUGGGCUUUAUUUGGGUAAUUUUAUGAACAAAUGCAAAGUAUUAUGGUUAUAAACAUACAGUAUAAGCAGUAAUGAUCUAAUCUAAUACCCAUAGUCAGUCCAAACUUAAUCCUCGCCUAUGAUUUUAGGGUUUUAAACUACUAAAAAAAGCAAUUUAUACUCCUUUUACAUGGUCAGAAUUUUUUCCCCUUCCAAAACUUUUACCCUUCUGGUGAGAAAAG